AUUCCCUGUUAAAAGCUUCAUUAAGUUGCUCAUAUUAUAUAUUCUUUGCAAUAAAAUGAGUCGCAACGUUCUUGCACCUGCAACUCAACGCUUGAGUCACAAUCGCAACUAUCGCGUCAACGCAGUGCACGACGAUUUCGGUGGCAGUAAAUGGAAUUCUAAAAACCAAAAUACAUCCAAGGGUUAUGAAGAACCUGAUCUUUACGCUGAUGAUGAUUACGGGGAGGACAGUGCCGAGUGCAACAUUGAGCAACUGCCCGACGGCAGCUUCAAAUUGGCGCUACAUGUGCCCAAAUCUUUUUAUGGUGGUCUGAUUGGCUUAAAGGGAUCUACAAAACGUCGCAUUGAAACUGAGACCAAAACUGAUAUCCACGUGCCACGACAAAAUGACAUUUCAAAUGAUUUGCUUAUCAAAUCAAAUGAACGCAGCAAUGUUUGUGCUGCACUGAGAAAAAUACGUUUGUUAAUUGAUUCGCUACGCAAGCGUAUGAGACCCACUCACUUUCUGGCAGUUCCUCUUAACUCUGGCCAAGUGCUGAAGCGUUUUGUGGAGCUUAAGCAAAGUAUUUUGGAUGCCCAGCUACCAGGCAUAGAUCCAGAGUUAUUUAUAUCGGAACGAUGCAUUCAUAUUACAUUGGGCGUCUAUGUGCUCUUGGAUGAUGCUGAGCGUAAGAAUGCUGUUAAUGAGCUGCAGACGUGUCGCCAAUGGUUGUCCGGCUUGAGCACACCUUUUGAGCUGAAAAUCAAGGGACUCGAGAUCAUGAACGAUGAUCCAAGCUCGGUUCGAGUGCUUUAUGCGGCUGUGGAGUCGCCAGAGCUGCAACAAUUCGCCGACAAAUGCCUAAAACAUUUCCAAACAACCGGACUCUGUGCCACGGACAACAAUCAACGGGAUAGCAUUAAACUGCACAUGACCGUGCUUAAUAAUCACUAUCGCAAGGAUAACAAGAGUAACUUUGAUGGCCGUGAGAUCCUUAAACGUUACGGUGACUACGAUUUCGGCACUGCCCAAUGCAAGGAAGUCCACAUGUGUGUGAUCAAGUCCUCACAGGAGGUGGAAGACUUUUACAAGAUCACUGGCAGUCUGACAUUUUAAUGUACAUUCUAAAUAAAAUCGAAAUAAUACACGAUUUAAACUUUAA